AUCUCUCUCCAACGCAAGCACCUACGUAACGAGACAGAUUUGGAUCACCGGCCCUGCCAUGGCGGCGGUGCUUCGACACGCGGCGAGGAUGAUGCUCGGCAAUCGCGCUGCCCUCCAGCAGGGGCGACAAGCCACCUCUUCUUCUGCUGCGGCGGAGGGGCGACAUCGAUUCAUCGACACGUGCGAGGUUGCUGCCAAGUGUCAUCCGGACUAUCUACGUUGGGCUGCUAUGAGCAGAGAGGAGCAGCUGGAGGCAUUGCUCUGCGUCGACCCAUUGACGGUGCCGGAAAACAUCCGAAAGACAGUGGAAGAGAGGAACAAACUUUGUAUCCUAAUCCUGGACAAGUACCCGCACAUGAUCCGGCACGUCGGUCGUCUUCCUGACCAACCUUGCUUAGCAUCGCGCGCACUCUUUAUAGUGUCUACGCUGGCUUCGGUGAUCCUCCUUCAAAAUAAAUUGGGCCGGAAGGGAAGUACAGAAGAGACUGAUCCAUCAAUUAUACAUGGUGACAGUGCUGCAAAGAGUUGAUCUAUCUGGUGUUCGGAUGUUGCUCAAAUUCGUGUAUGUGUGUGUGUGUGUGUUUGCUUU